AGCGCGAUUCAAGGCGAUUUGUGUGUGCUGAGUGAACGAAUUUUGGAGGCAAAAAACCGGUUACUUUUUUUUUCGAAUCAUGGCUUCUAACCGCGCUACCAAAAGUGGAUUUGCUGCUGAGGCACAACGAAAAGUAAAUGCCAAAUACAGCGAAGAAUUGGCAGCAGAAAGCUUGGAAUGGAUCAACAGUGUGACUGGGGAGAAUGUCAGUACUACCGGAGAUAUGGAUAACUUUUAUGAAGUACUCAAGGAUGGUACCUUAUUAUGCAAAUUGGCGAAUUCGAUUCAACCUGGUACGGUGAAGAAAAUCAACACCAGCUCCAUGGCAUUUAAAUGUAUGGAAAACAUCAAUGCUUUUUUGGAAGCGGCUAGAAAUUUUGGAGUGCCAGCACAGGAAACGUUCCAAACUGUCGAUUUGUGGGAAAGGCAGAACCUUAACUCUGUCGUUAUUUGUUUGCAGAGUUUGGGAAGAAAAGCUACAAAAUACGGUAAACCAGGUAUCGGUCCCAAAGAAGCCGAGAAAAACGAAAGAAUGUUCUCCGAAGAAAAACUUAAAGCCGGACAAACGAUCAUCGGACUGCAAAUGGGCUCUAAUAAGGGAGCGAACCAAUCUGGUAUCAAUUUCGGCAAUACCAGGCACAUGUAGAUACAACGAACCAAUCAAAUUUUACUAUUACAUAUUCUAGCUAUUAUUAUUAAAGUCAAAGUCAAUCAAUACAGAGAACUAAAGAUUGAUUGAUUCUUGAAAAAGGAUUAUAAUAGUCAUGGACAUUUUCUCUCUAUACAUAUAAUUGAGCUAGUUAAGAUGUUAAUAAUUGUGACUGCGAACAGUAUCUAGUAAUAGUAAAUACGACUUAACUUUUGUCCUAGACUGUGUAAUCGAAUUUGUAUGUAGAUGAUCUUUUUGAGCUUCAUUGACAUUUAUUUUUUCUGUAUAAAUAUUUUUUUAUAUUUUUCUAUAAGACAUCUAAUGGCUUCUAUUUAAUGACACAUUCCGAAAUAUUCCAUUUUUUUCUCUCUCUAUUAAUAUUAAAUUUGUUUAAUUUUUGAUUCUAUACCUACAUUUUAUGGAGAAGUUUGUAUUUAUUUUUUUGUUGAUAGAUUUAGGGAUUACAAUUUGAUGAUUAUGUGCCUAACAAGAAAUACUUUUUCGGAUAUUCUAUUUAAUAACCCCGUUGUUACAUAAACAAACACUUAUUAUUGUUAAAAAAUUUAUAUGAGAUAUUUAUAAUAUUAUUCCAUUUUCUUGUGUAGGACCAAUUUUCUUGUACUAGAGAAAUAAACUAGUAUUUUUUCCUAA